GUACUUUACCCUUCUUUUAAAAUUCCAAAAGCUUAACAUAUGCAAGGACAUCCCUUAGCCUUUUGAAGGGAAUAAAAAAAAACUCGGAAUACAAAACAUAACUAACUAGGAAACCAUCAUCAAUACAGAGAGAAGGAAAAAGUGAUUAUGAGAUGCAACGAUUCAGCAACACAGUGAUUGGGUUCUUGAACUUCUUCACACUCUUAUCAUCAAUACCCAUAAUCGGUGCAGGUCUAUGGAUGGCAAGGAGCACAACGUGUGAGAAUUUCCUGCAGACCCCACUUCUGGUUAUAGGCUUUGUUGUGCUUGUGAUUUCACUUGCAGGGUUCAUAGGUUCGUGUUUUCAUGUGGCUUGGGCACUAUGGAUUUACUUGGCGAUCAUGUUGCUCCUAAUGGCCGCACUCUUUGGUUUGACCAUAUUUGGGUUCGUUGUGACUGGCGAGGGUGGUGGAGUUCAAGUUCCUGGAAGGGUGUAUAAGGAGUACCAUCUUGGGGGUUAUUCACCAUGGUUAAGGAGUAGGGUUAAGGAUCCCCAAUAUUGGAGCACUAUUAGAGGGUGUAUUUUGGGGUCUAAUACUUGUGACAAGAUUGCUUCUUGGACCUCUUUUGAUUAUAUAAAGAGGGAUAUGACUCCCAUACAGUCUGGAUGCUGUAAGCCACCAACAUCAUGCAAUACCAAUUACUACAACCCGGACACAAUAGUGGUUGCUCAACAAUCUGAUUGCUAUCGUUGGAACAGCGCCCCAACAAUGCUAUGCUACGAAUGCGAUUCGUGCAAGGCUGGGGUGCUUGAAAACAUCAGAAGAGAUUGGCACAAGAUAUCAGUUCUGAACGUUGUGGUGCUUGUGUUCCUCAUUUGUAUUUAUUCCAUUGGUUGCUGUGCUUUCCGAAACGCCAGAAGAGCUGAAAGUGAUAAUCCUCAUGGCCACAACCGCAUGACUAAAGUUAGACCCAGAUGGGAUUACUAUUGUUGGAGAUGGUGGUAUGACAAGAAGGAGCAGCUUUUCUAAAUGAUAAUAUCUAAUUAGCUAGCGUCCAAGGGGGGCUUUCUUGUAAUAAUGUCUAUGAUGCUGUUUUUUUUUUUUUUCUUGACCGAGUAAACUAAAACAGAACUAGUAAGGUUUUGUCCAACACCAUAAUAAUUUAGAGGAUUAGAGAAGAUUUUACUUCCUUAGGAAUCUAGUUUAUCAACAUCAAAAUAUUUCUGAGUAGGUAGUCUACUUGAAAUAUCAACGAGACUUGCCUAAGGGGCUACCCCAUAUAUAUAUAUGCUAGUGGGGUGUUUGAAUUCUAUAAGUAAUGUGAAAUAUAUUUACUAUUCGAGUGUUUGA